AUGGGCUCUCAGGGCCCCGGCUGCGCUCCGCCUAUGCCCGAGGGAGGCUCAGAGGACCGAGGGCCGCGGUCCGCGGCGGGCCCGAAUCAGACGCCUCCGGGGCCACGUGGCCCUGAGCCACGAACGGGAGUGGGCGGGGGGGGGGCGCUGACAGGGGGCGGGCCUGGAGAGGCCCAGGGCGGGAGGGCGCCGAGACCUCCGCACCCCUCACCCCAACCCCAAGCCCAGGCAUGCACGCCCGACCGGCCGCUCGGGGUCCCGGAAACACUCCGGGCCCCCGGGCCGGGCCAGGUUUGCUGGCCAGGGUUGCCGGUGUGUGGGGACUGGGAGGCUUCGGCCGGGCUGCCGGCCCUGGCCGGCGCGCCCCGUGGAAAGGUGCGGCCGGCUGGCUCGACACGGCACAUCAGAGCGAAAAGCAGGCGCAGCGCAGGGUAUUUAAAGGCGCCUGGCGGCAACCGCCUCCAUCUAAGAUCAUACCACCCUGAACGGGCCAGAUGUCUUCUGAUCGGGGAAACUAAGCAGGGCAGGUGCCGGGCAGAGUGGGUGCUCAGGGCCCCGGCUGCGCUCCGCCUAUGCCCGAGGGAGGCUCAGAGGACCGAGUGCCGCGGUCCGCGGCGGGCCCGAAUCAGAUACCUCCGGGGCCACGUGGCCCUGAGCCACGAACUGGAGUGGGCAGGGGGGGCGCCGACAGGGGGCGGGCCUAGAGAGGCCCAGGGCGGGAGGGCGCCGAGACCUCCGCGCCCCUCACCCCAACCCCAAGCCCAGGCAUGCACGCCCGACCGGCCGCUCGGGGUCCCGGAAACACUCCGGGCCCCCGGGCCGGGCCAGGUUUGCUGGCCAGGGUUACUGGUGUGCGGGGACGGGGAGGCUUCGGCCGGGCUGCCGGCCCUGGCCGGCGCGCCCCGUGGAAAGGUGCGGCCGGCUGGCUCGACAAGGCACAUCAGAGCGAAAAGGAGGCGCAGCGCAGGGUUUUUAAAGGUGCCUGGCGGCAACCGCCUCCUUCUAAGAUCAUACCACCCUGAACGGGCCAGAUGUCUUCUGAUCGGGGAAACUAAGCAGGGUUAG